UGUGUGUGUGUGUGUGUGUGUGUGUGUGUGUGUGUGUGUAACACAAAGGAGACCAGAUGAUGACAUUCAUAGGCUUAUAGACUCGAGUCCUGGGGACACAUUUGGAUGGAGGCAAUUAAAAUGCCUGUCAGGCAUUUGGUACCAGAAGUCCCCGUGGCAAACCGCUAAAUCCUAAGCCAGAGGCAGCAUCCUUUUGUCAGUGAAUGAUGGCGGAGCUGAGGGGCUUGUCAUCAUUCUCGAAAAUUCUAAGCCUAGUGAGCUCUCUCUCCCUCUCCUACUUGCCUUAUUUUCCUUUCAGCCACUGCGGGGACGUUUUCUAAUUUGCAGCUUCCCUUUCCCCCCCCCCCCCCCCCGGCACACACAGACAGGAGCUGGUGGCUUUCAGACUGCGUCUGUCUGGAGCUAGAGACACAGAGCACAGGGAGUGUUCUUGAAGGAGGGUUCUGCAGCAGCUCUUCCAGACCCGAUUCAAGGGGCAUUGCUGCAUAUCUACCGAUUCUUCAGCGGGGCUCUAACAGAGGGAGCGCUGAUUGGGAAGCAUUCAGUCAGGAAAUUAAAAGAAAGAAGCCAGAACAUACCACCAGCCCUUUGAGUAUACAACAUAACAAACGUCAUUACUUUACAACUUGAUUAGGAGACAGUACAGAGAUCUGAAGGAUGGCUGACGAGAGGAAAGACGAAGGAAAGGCACCACACUGGACAUCAGCCUCACUCACAGAGGCAGCUGCACACCCCCACUCGCCAGAGAUGAAGGACCAGGGUGGCUCAGGGGAAGGGCUGAGCCGCAGCGCCAAUGGAUUUCCAUACAGAGAGGAGGAGGAAGGCGCCUUUGGGGAGCACGGGUCACAGGGCACCUAUUCAGAUACCAAAGAGAACGGGAUCAACGGAGAGCUGACCUCAGCUGACAGAGAAACAGCAGAGGAAGUGUCUGCAAGGAUAGUUCAAGUAGUCACAGCUGAAGCUGUAGCAGUCCUGAAAGGUGAACAAGAGAAGGAGGCCCAACACAAGGAUCAGCCUGCAGCUCUGCCUUUAGCAGCUGAAGAAACAGUUAAUCUGCCACCUUCCCCACCACCAUCGCCAGCAUCAGAACAAACAGCUGCACUGGAAGAAGAAGAAGAAACUCUAGAGGGUGUGAUGGCUGAGGAAAUGGAGCCUGCUGCCCUUCCUGGGAGAGAAUGUGGGGCUGCUAAAUCCUCAGACAACCCUCAGGGCCUCAGUGAGGGCCGAGUGGAAUCUAGCGCAGAGGCGCAGAUAGUUCCAGAAGACAGUGCCCUGGCAGGGGCUCCUGAUGAGAAAAGUGUUAAAGAGGUCACGGAGGUGGCUCCAGAAGUAGAAAUCCCUUCCUCUGCCAAGGAAGAUUUACUUACAGCCUCGAAGAUGGAAUUCCCUGAGCAGCAGAAAUUGCCUUCCUCAUUCGCUGAGCCUUUAGACAAGGAGGAAACGGAGUUUAAGAUGCAAAGUAAGCCUGGUGAAGACUUUGAACACGCUGCCUUAGUUCCUCAGCCGGACACAAGUAAAACUCCCCAGGAUAAAAAGGAUCCCCAAGACAUGGAAGGAGAAAAGUCGCCUGCCAGUCCAUUUGCGCAGACUUUCGGUACCAACCUGGAAGACAUAAAACAGAUCACAGAACCAAGCAUAACAGUACCUAGCAUUGGCCUCUCCGCAGAGCCCCUAGCUCCAAAAGAUCAGAAAGACUGGUUCAUCGAAAUGCCCGUGGAAUCAAAGAAGGAUGAAUGGGGUUUAGCUGCCCCAAUAUCUCCUGGCCCCUUGACACCCAUGAGGGAAAAAGAUGUGCUGGAGGAUAUCCCAAGAUGGGAAGGAAAGCAGUUUGACUCUCCCAUGCCUAGCCCCUUCCACGGUGGAAGUUUCACUCUUCCCUUAGAUACUGUGAAAGAUGAGAGAGUCACAGAAGGGUCACAACCCUUUGCCCCUGUCUUCUUCCAAUCAGAUGACAAAAUGUCUCUGCAGGACACCAGUGGUUCAGCUACUUCCAAAGAGAGUUCUAAAGAUGAGGAGCCACAGAAAGAUAAAGCAGACAAAGUGGCAGAUGUUCCUGUCUCAGAAGCUACCACUGUACUGGGAGAUGUUCACAGUCCAGCUGUGGAAGGCUUUGUCGGGGAGAACAUUUCAGGAGAAGAAAAGGGUACCACAGAUCAAGAGAAAAAAGAGACUUCGACACCCAGUGUACAGGAACCUACACUCACUGAAACUGAACCACAGACAAAGCUUGAAGAGACAUCAAAGGUUUCCAUCGAAGAAACUGUGGCAAAAGAAGAGGAAUCCUUGAAAUUAAAAGAUGAUAAAGCAGGUGUAAUUCAGACUUCCACCGAGCAUUCUUUCUCCAAAGAAGACCAGAAAGGCGAAGAACAGACAAUCGAAGCAUUAAAACAAGACUCCUUUCCUAUAAGUCUAGAACAGGCAGUUACAGAUGCAGCCAUGGCCACCAAGACCUUGGAAAAGGUUACGUCUGAGCCAGAGGCAGUAAGUGAAAAGAGAGAAAUCCAGGGACUUUUUGAAGAGGAUAUAGCUGACAAGAGUAAGCUCGAAGGCGCUGGGUCUGCAACAGUAGCCGAGGUUGAGAUGCCAUUUUAUGAAGAUAAAUCAGGGAUGUCCAAGUACUUUGAAACAUCUGCAUUGAAAGAAGAUGUGACCAGAAGCACUGGGUUGGGCAGUGAUUACUACGAGCUGAGUGACUCAAGAGGAAAUGCCCAGGAAUCUCUUGAUACUGUAUCUCCCAAGAACCAACAAGAUGAAAAGGAACUUCUGGCAAAAGCUUCCCAGCCUAGUCCUCCAGCACACGAAGCAGGGUACAGCACUCUUGCCCAGAGUUAUACAUCUGAUCAUCCGUCCGAGUUACCUGAAGAACCAAGUUCUCCUCAAGAAAGAAUGUUCACUAUUGACCCCAAAGUUUAUGGGGAGAAAAGGGACCUUCAUAGUAAGAACAAAGAUGAUCUGACACUUAGUCGAAGCUUGGGGCUGGGCGGAAGGUCUGCAAUAGAACAGAGAAGCAUGUCCAUUAACUUGCCUAUGUCUUGCCUUGAUUCUAUUGCCCUUGGGUUUAACUUUGGCCGGGGCCAUGAUCUUUCCCCUCUGGCUUCUGAUAUUCUAACCAACACUAGCGGAAGCAUGGAUGAAGGAGAUGAUUACCUGCCCCCCACCACACCUGCAGUGGAGAAGAUUCCUUGCUUUCCAAUAGAGAGCAAAGAGGAAGAAGAUAAGACAGAGCAAGCAAAAGUGACUGGAGGGCAAACUACCCAAGUUGAAACAUCCUCCGAGUCACCCUUCCCAGCCAAAGAAUAUUACAAAAAUGGCACUGUCAUGGCCCCUGACCUGCCUGAGAUGCUAGAUCUAGCAGGGACCAGGUCCAGAUUAGCUUCUGUGAGUGCAGAUGCUGAGGUUGCCAGGAGGAAAUCAGUCCCAUCGGAGGCUGUGGUUGCAGAGAGCAGUACUGGUUUGCCACCUGUUGCUGAUGACAGCCAACCCGUAAAACCAGACAGUCAACUUGAAGACAUGGGGUACUGUGUGUUCAACAAGUACACAGUCCCUCUCCCAUCGCCAGUUCAAGACAGUGAGAAUUUGUCAGGAGAGAGUGGUUCGUUUUAUGAAGGAACCGAUGACAAAGUCCGUAGAGAUUUGGCCACUGACCUUUCACUAAUUGAGGUAAAACUUGCAGCUGCUGGAAGAGUCAAAGAUGAAUUCACUGCUGAGAAAGAGGCAUCUCCACCCUCUUCUGCUGACAAAUCAGGACUGAGUAGGGAGUUUGACCAAGACAGGAAAGCUAAUGACAAGCUGGAUACUGUCCUAGAAAAGAGCGAAGAGCAUGUUGAUUCAAAAGAACAUGCCAAGGAGUCAGAAGAGGUUGGGGAUAAAGUAGAGCUCUUCGGAUUAGGUGUAACCUAUGAGCAAACCUCUGCCAAAGAACUGAUAACAACUAAAGAAACAGCACCUGAGAGAGCAGAGAAAGGUCUCAGUUCAGUGCCAGAGGUAGCUGAGGUAGAAACAACCACAAAAGCUGACCAAGGUCUAGAUGUUGCUGCCAAGAAAGAUGAUCAGAGUCCAUUAGAUAUAAAAGUCAGUGACUUUGGACAGAUGGCUUCUGGGAUGAGUGUAGAUGCUGGGAAAACCAUAGAGCUUAAGUUCGAGGUUGAUCAGCAGCUGACUCUCUCAUCCGAAGCACCUCAGGAAACAGAUUCAUUCAUGGGUAUUGAGUCCAGCCACGUGAAGGAUGGUGCCAAAGUCAGUGAAACAGAAGUCAAAGAGAAGGUGGCAAAGCCUGACUUGGUGCAUCAGGAGGCUGUGGACAAAGAAGAGUCCUAUGAGUCUAGUGGUGAGCAUGAAAGCCUCACCAUGGAGUCCCUGAAGCCUGAUGAGGGCAAGAAAGAAACAUCUCCAGAGACAUCACUGAUACAAGAUGAAGUUGCCCUCAAACUGUCUGUAGAAAUCCCUUGCCCACCUCCAGUUUCCGAAGCUGAUUCAUCCAUUGAUGAGAAGGCGGAGGUCCAGAUGGAAUUUAUUCAGCUGCCAAAGGAAGAGAGCACAGAGACUCCGGAUAUACCUGCCAUACCUUCUGAUGUCACCCAGCCACAGCCUGAAGCAGUUGUGUCCGAACCAGCAGAGGUUCGAGGUGAGGAAGAAGAGAUCGAAGCUGAGGGAGAAUAUGACAAACUGCUCUUCCGCUCAGACACCCUCCAGAUCACCGACCUGCUUGUUCCAGGAAGUAGGGAGGAGUUUGUGGAGACCUGCCCAGGGGAGCACAAAGGUGUGGUUGAGUCCGUGGUAACCAUCGAGGAUGAUUUCAUCACUGUAGUACAAACCACGACUGAUGAGGGAGAGUUGGGAUCCCACAGUGUGCGCUUUGCCGCUCCAGUUCAGCCUGAGGAAGAAAGGAGACCAUACCCUCAUGAUGAAGAGCUUGAAGUACUGAUGGCAGCAGAAGCCCAGGCAGAGCCCAAGGAUGGCUCUCCAGAUGCUCCAGCUACCCCUGAGAAAGAAGAGGUUCCAUUCUCAGAAUAUAAAACAGAAACCUACGACGAUUACAAAGAUGAGACCACCAUUGAUGACUCCAUUAUGGAUGCCGACAGCCUGUGGGUGGACACUCAAGAUGAUGAUAGAAGCAUCUUGACAGAGCAGUUAGAAACUAUUCCUAAAGAGGAGAGAGCUGAGAAGGAAGCUCGGAGACCGUCUCUCGAGAAACAUAGAAAAGAAAAACCUUUUAAAACUGGGAGAGGCAGAAUUUCCACUCCUGAAAGAAAAGUAGCUAAAAAGGAACCUAGCACGGUCUCCAGGGAUGAAGUGAGAAGGAAAAAAGCAGUUUAUAAGAAGGCUGAACUUGCUAAAAAAUCAGAAGUUCAGGCCCACUCUCCUUCCAGGAAACUCAUUUUAAAACCUGCUAUCAAAUACACUAGACCAACUCAUCUCUCCUGUGUUAAGCGGAAAACCACAGCAACAAGUGGUGAAUCAGCUCAGGCUCCCAGUGCGUUUAAACAGGCGAAGGACAAAGUCACUGAUGGAAUAACCAAGAGCCCAGAAAAACGUUCUUCCCUCCCAAGACCUUCCUCCAUCCUCCCUCCUCGCAGGGGCGUAUCAGGAGACAGGGAGGAGAACUCGUUCUCUCUGAACAGCUCCAUCUCUUCAGCACGACGGACCACCAGGUCAGAACCAAUUCGCAGAGCAGGAAAAAGCGGCACCUCAACACCUACUACCCCUGGAUCUACUGCAAUCACCCCUGGCACUCCUCCAAGCUACUCUUCACGUACCCCAGGCACCCCUGGAACCCCGAGCUAUCCCAGGACACCAGGAACCCCCAAAUCGGGCAUCUUGGUGCCCAGUGAGAAGAAAGUUGCCAUCAUUCGCACUCCUCCAAAGUCCCCAGCUACUCCCAAGCAGCUUCGGCUCAUUAACCAACCUCUGCCAGACCUGAAGAACGUCAAGUCCAAAAUCGGAUCAACCGACAACAUCAAAUACCAGCCUAAGGGGGGUCAGGUUAGGAUUUUAAACAAGAAGAUCGAUUUUAGCAAAGUUCAGUCAAGAUGUGGUUCCAAGGAUAACAUCAAACAUUCUGCUGGGGGCGGAAAUGUACAAAUUGUUACUAAGAAGAUAGACUUAAGCCAUGUGACUUCCAAAUGUGGCUCUCUAAAGAACAUCCGUCACAGGCCAGGUGGUGGACGCGUGAAGAUUGAGAGUGUAAAGCUGGAUUUCAAGGAGAAGGCCCAAGCUAAAGUUGGCUCACUUGACAAUGCUCACCAUGUACCUGGAGGUGGUAACGUGAAGAUUGACAGCCAAAAGCUGAACUUCCGAGAGCAUGCAAAGGCCCGCGUCGACCACGGGGCUGAGAUCAUCACACAGUCGCCAAGCAGGUCAAGCGUGGCGUCUCCCCGGCGACUCAGCAAUGUCUCCUCUUCUGGAAGCAUCAACCUGCUCGAAUCCCCUCAGCUGGCCACUUUGGCUGAGGACGUCACUGCGGCGCUCGCUAAGCAGGGCUUGUGAAUCCUUCUCAUCUAGCACUGAAGUACCAUUUAGGCAUGAGCUCUUGGCAGGAGUGGGCUCUGAGCAGGUGUCAUAUUCAUUCUUUACAAACCAUAGAUAAAUAAUCUCAUCCCCCAACUGUAGUAAUUGUUACAAUUUUAUAUAAAAAAAAGAAUAGUAUAUGCAGAAAAUGACCUGAAUUCCAUCCGCAACAAGAGCACAUGGCUUUACAUGGAUACAAUUGGACAAUUAUUUUCGCUCUGCUCUGUUUUGCAUGGAGUAUUAUUAUUAUUAUUAUUUUUAAAAUUGCAUUUUUACCUUUCAUGUGCCUGAAGGCUAUCCAAUACAUUCUGAAAGGCCUUGUUAAAAAUCCAAGCUGCUCAUUUCCCUAUUCUGUUUAUGGUUGGAAAGAUUAAAAACUAUCCAUUGUCGCUUACUACAGGUUCAAGGAAAUCAAGGAGUCUGAGUGCAGGAAGGAAAGAGCAUGUAAGAGACACAUUUUUUAAAGUGUUAUUUUGUAUAAAUGGGAAGAAAGAUGCAACUAAGUUAUUGAUGUUUGGGACCUGGAUGAUUAUAUCAGAGUAUGCCGUUCCAAUAAAUUAUUUAACUAAAAGCUAGAUUAAAGCAUGUGAGCGGUGUUUGAAGAAGUGGUGUGGAAGUGCGUCUCUUAGGAUUGAUGCACUUUCGUUAGGAUGGGCUCGAGUCUGAUUAGAAUGUCAGUUGAUUGGCUAGAUUUGUGUCCACACAGUCAGUUUCAUGCCCCCAUUCCAUCUGUUUGAUACAGUAUUAUAGAUAUAAAUAUAUAUAUAUAUUUCUCUGUGGCCAUUUGUGAUACUUCCUCAUAUACUUGAAUAUGAUACUUCUUUAUUCACAGUAUCUGUGUCUCCUGCACCCUUUGGUGUUGCAAUUUUAGGUAUGUGAAAGUAGAUGUUAGCAGGGUUCUCUCCCUAUUUAAAAAUACAUUUUACAAAGACAAAGAGUUUGAGCAUGAAGUUGCUUUCUGUAACAACUCAAAGCUGUAACCCUGUUUUAGUGCCAGAAUCAAGUCCUUCCUGUGAUGCUAGAACAUUUUAUUUUUCUUUGCUUCCACCAACAUGGAGUUUGUGGAGUGGGUCCAGUUAUGCAUAAAGGGGUUUACAGAUUGUUGGUCUAUGGAUUUAUCUCAUGUUUAAUUACUGAAUAGUUUGGGUUUUAUCCCUCUAAUUAUUCAUGAAACCAAUCCCUUACUAUUCAUUUCUUCUCUUUCUCUUUUCCUUUUUCCAUUUGCUAAAGUUGAAAGUAGGAAAAUAGUUUUGGAUAUCUUUUCUUGUUCUCCAAAUAGUAUCUGUUCAUUAAAUAAUUCUCUGAUAGAAGAUAUUUGGCUUCCUUCUCCCAAAGACCUCUUCAAAAAUGAGAAAUACAACAUAUUAAGAAUAUAUAUAUAUAUAUAUAUAUAUAUAUUCUUUGAGACACAGAUAUCUAAAUCCAUCUCUCCAGGAUUCUACAUGAACAUGGUAUGAUUUUUUUUAUUUUAUAUACAGUCUCAACAUCACAAUUCAUUAAUUUCAUUUACAAAUCAUACUAAGUGAAUAAGCAAGAGUCAAUGGCCCAAAAGAAGACAAAGCAUUAUCAAACCAAGUGGACUUUUCCCUUAACAUUUAAUUUGUUCUUUUUCUUGCUCAGGAUUGGUAGACUGAAUCUGAAGGGUUAAAUGUAAAAAGUUGGCUAGGUGUUUUAUGUCUCUGAAACAAGCCAAGCCCUGUCUAUAAAGGAGACGGUGAACAUGAACAAGACAGAGACGUACAGGUGUGUCUGAGACAGAAGGCAAGUGGAUGCGAAGGCAGAGAGGAAACAGGUGGCAGUUUAGUGAUCCAUUGAGUAUUAUGGCCAAUGUGACAGCCACAUGGAAAGCUUAGCAUCAAACGAAGACAUUCUUCACAGCUAGUAGGUACACACACAGACACAGACACAGACACACACACACACACACACACACACACACACACACACACACAGAGAGAGAGAGAGAGAGAGAGACACACACACACACACAGAGAGAGAGAGAGACACACACACACACAGAGAGAGAGAGAGAGAGACAGAGAGAGAGAGAGAGACACACACACGUCUUUGUAAAUUGUUUUUUUAAUAUAUAACUUUAAAACUACCAUGUAAUGGUUGCUUUCACUCUGGACAAUCCAUUCCUUACCUACUCUUGAAUGCACAAGAAAUGGAAGAAGGAACGUCUGUGUGUGGAGAAGGCCAGUCCUACAGUUUUGGUAGACAAGGAUUAAAGUUAUCUAGGAAAAAGAGAGUUAAUAGAUGAUCCGUGUGGUUUUAAACUAUGUAGGAAGUAAUUUCAACCCAGUUUAUUAUAAAAAUUAAGGCUAAGCAAAGGUUUUUUUAAGUGUUCAAGUUCAUUUUCUUACGAUGUGUAUUCAAAAUAAAAUUAUGUAAGCCCCAAGUUAAUAGAUCUAGCACUAAAAUAUCAUUUUUCUAAUGUUAAUACAAUUAUAAUGGAUACAAGUCCUUGUUCUAUGUGAAAAUGUGAUUCACACAUGAAUGUAAAGUCAACACAAGAAGGACCUGAAUUUUUUGUACCAGACAGAGACAGAGAAAUGCACAGGCUAAAAUUCACUUCCUUAUGGGAAUGUGGGAUGGAUCCCACCUUACCUACUUAAGAUAAUGACUCAAAUUAAGCUUUUUGGACACCACUUUUGUGGGGAUACACAUACGCUGAUCUAGAAAUGAAAGGCGCACAGCUACAUUUCUAGAUCCACUAAUGCCAGUUUCUCUUUGGCUUCAGCCUUUGAGAACCUGUUCAAGAAUACGUAAGUAUCCAGAGCUCUGAAGAGUUCGAAGGCCAACUUUUUCAGUGAACUCACACACUCUGGGUCUCCUGCAACUGACAAUUGGGUACCUUGCAACAAUGCGGGAAGGAUCCGAGUUUAUGAUGAGUUUCAAAGGCCGUGUUCACUUAGGAACUGACUCUCUCUGGAUCUGCCUGCUGCGUUCCAGCAGGAUGACGGGCUGAAAUCCCACCCAUAGGGAAGACACCUGUGCAAUUCCAGCUCAGUUUGGCUGAAGGUAACUAAAGAAGAAGGUCCAGUAAAUGGAAGAAUAGACUACAGCUGGCCUUCUCCACACACACACGCACACACACGCACGCACGCACACACACAGAUGUGGGAUAGAAGAGAGAUCAGCACCAAAAUGUAGCAUUAUAUCAGUAGUAGUAAAGAAAUAAUAUAAAUGUGAAUGAUUCUGACUUAGCUGCAUUUAUAGUUUUCUUCUCAUUUUUCAUGCCACAGGGGGGAAAAAAAGAAAUGAUUUAUAGUAGAAGUAGCAAGGCAAAAGUAGAUUUAUCAUUUGGAAAGGCAAAUUUCAGGCAUUUCUUCAAGACUGGUGUGCUAAAAUUAAUACUGUUGUUGUGUUUUUACACCUAGAAGUUUUAGCCUGGACAUGUAGAUUGAGGCCAAGUCCCUAUGUAGGAAAAAGGUUUUUUUCAAAACCCCUAAAAAAAUGCCAAUCAUGAAAGUCCACUUCAACUUUAGCAAAAAAAUUCAACAAAAAGUAUACUCUGUAUGCUGGGAUCCCAAGGUUCCAACACACCAUCUUUGGGGGGGUUCUUUCUUCUGAUAAUUCUAGAGCCUGUUACCAUAGAAAGGAAUUUCUUCAAUGGCUGAUUGUAGUUAGUUCAUGUUUUUCAAUCAAUUUGCAAAUGUAUUUGUUGCUGUAUAGUGAUUGUUUUGCAAAAUAAAAUUGCUUGUCAUCUAACUACAAA